CCAUUUAUCGUUUGAAAACCUAUAUUAUUAAAUGGGUGAUAGAAUAAAAUUCUAUAAGUGGUUAAUAUUUCUAUUCAGCUUCAGCAAUUUGGAUAAAAUUUAGUGCUAUUUUAUUUUAGAUUCGAGUAUUACUAGUCAAUUCUUUUAAUUUUAAUUUUUAUUUAUUUUGCGUCCACCUAUGAAGGUUUUCAAAAUGUUGCAUUUUAAAACCGUCCCCGAAGACUAUAUAAGAAAAACAGCAGAGUUCGCUCAGGUAGCGCUGAAUUGCAGUCGCGCUGCACACCAGACUGCACUCCGUGGUAACAAGCUUAGUCCGCAAAUCGCAGCUCUUACACCGAAGGUCCGCGCAUUCAUUGAGCGCAGUGCAGCGCUCUGCGAGCCGGAGCACGUGCACGUGUGUGAUGGAUCUGAAGCAGAAGCGUCAGCGCUACUGCAACUCAUGCAAACGCAAGGCACACUGAAACCGCUGCCCAAGUAUGAUAACUGCUGGCUAGCCCGUACCGACCCAGCGGACGUGGCACGCAUAGAAUCCCGCACGUUCAUAUGUUCGGAGCGAGAACGUGACGUCGUACCCGCGGCUCGCGCUGGGCAGAAGAGCGUGCUUGGCAACUAUAUAACACCUAAUGACUAUGAUAAAGCCAUCACUGAGCGGUUCCCGGGAUGUAUGCGGGGUCGCACUAUGUAUGUGAUCCCAUUCUCUAUGGGUCCGGUUGAUUCACCUCUAUCCAAGAUUGGUGUGGAAAUAACCGACUCGCCCUAUGUCGUGUAUUCUAUGAGAGUUAUGACGAGAAUUGGUGCGUCAGUAUUAGAAGCGCUACGCAAAGACGAACACUUCGUCCGUUGCCUACACUCCGUGGGACGGUCCCAAACCCCCGGGACCGCUGGCUGGGCCUGCGACCCCGCACGCACUAUCAUACUGCACCGACCGGCUGACAGUGAAAUCGUUAGCUAUGGCAGUGGCUAUGGAGGAAACAGUCUUUUGGGAAAGAAAUGUUUCGCUCUUCGUCUGGGAUCCGUUCUUGCUAGACGCGAGGGUUGGCUGGCGGAGCACAUGCUUAUCAUAGGAAUAACCAACCCCCGCGGUCAAAAACGCUACAUAGCAGCCGCUUUUCCCUCGGUUUGUGGUAAAACUAACCUUGCGAUGAUGAGCCCAAGCCUCCCCGGUUACAAGGUGGAGUGUGUUGGUGAUGACAUCGCGUGGAUGAAGUUCGAUAGUGAUGGCGUGUUGAGAGCCAUUAACCCGGAGAACGGCUUCUUUGGUGUUGCACCUGGCACAUCAAGCUCAACCAACCCGAUUGCAAUGGCAACAGUAUUCAAAAACACAGUAUUUACUAACGUCGCGGAAACAAAAGAUGGCGGCGUGUGGUGGGAGGGGAUGGGAGCAGCGCCCGAGGGUCUUACAGAUUGGAAGGGGAAACAAUGGGAUAGGAAAGCUCCGGCUGCUCAUCCUAAUUCUAGAUUCUGCACACCAGCAGAGAACUGUCCAAUAAUAGAUAGCGAAUGGGAAAGUGCGGCUGGUGUACCUAUAUCCGCUAUUUUGUUGGGAGGGCGAAGGCCUGAAGGAGUCCCCUUGGUGGUGGAAGCGAGGGACUGGGCGCAUGGAGUGUUCAUGGGCGCUUCUAUGAGGUCUGAGGCUACAGCUGCUGCUGAGCAUGCUGGUAAAGUAGUAAUGCACGAUCCGUUCGCAAUGCGUCCAUUCUUCGGCUACAACUUCGGGGAGUACCUCCGCCAUUGGUUAUCCAUGCCACGAGCUGGGAGACAGAUGCCCAAGAUAUUCCAUGUCAAUUGGUUCAGGAAGGAUGGCGAGGGUAAAUUCCUCUGGCCAGGAUUCGGGGAGAACUCCCGAGUGCUCGACUGGGUGUUACGUAGAUGUGACGAAGAAGAUUGUCAUGUAGAAACACCUCUUGGUUAUAUUCCUAAAGAAAAUGCUUUGAACACAAAGGAUUUGGGCAAUAUCAACAUGAAGGAACUGUUCAGUAUACCGAAGGAGUUUUGGUUGCAAGAGGCUGACGCGAUAGGAAAAUACUUCAAAGAGGAAGUCGGUGAAGAUCUACCGAACGAAAUGUGGGACCAACUGAUGACUCUAAAGAAAAACAUUCAGAAUUCAUAGAUAAAUUAUAUAUACCAAAGACUUGAUUAAUAUUAAUAAAUAAUAUGCUAUGUUAACGGGCCGACAAGACCCAAUUGAUGAUUGAGUAACUGUGCGCAAAAUGUGCGUAAAAUUGCGCUCUCGUUUACUCCCAUACAAUUUGACAGUGUGCGCAAACGAGAGCGCAAUAUCACUGUUACUGGGCGGGGCCGGGUCGUAGAAGUAAAUAAUAAGAAAAUAUGUGAUUUAAGGAAAAGUGUGGGUCAUAUGCGAAAUAUGACUCGUUAGAGGUUCAGGUAUGAAUAUAUUGACUUCAUGUUUUAAAUUGCAAACCCGUACGUCAAAAAAAUAAAGACAUAGAAUCUUUAAUGAUGAUUUUAAGACCAAUCUUUGCAAUUAUUUUCUAUCUAGCCGAUUUUGUCCAAUUAUGUAUCGAGUCCGUCCACGGUCUUCGAAAUAUGAUAAAUAUUAACAUAUUUUUUUUUGAUGGGCUAGAAUAAAUAUCUUUUCUUAAAAAACUGCUCAAAUAACUUCAAUUUUAACAAAAUUGGUCUUGUCAGCCCCUUAAGACUAUUAAAUAAACCAGAUGGUUCGUAUUUUUUUAAUAAAAUAUUGUUAACGAAUUACAUUUUUGGACGGAUGAAUUUUUGAGCUCUGGCAACAUCGUGUGUGGAUAAACAUGGCUGUGUUAAUUAGUUUUAAGUAAAUGUUUAGUUUGUAAGAAUUAUAUUUUGUAAGAACUAAAAUAAAUAAUUUUUAUU